CAUUAACUUUAAUAAUAAAAAUAGAGAUAAAAAUUAAACCUACUGGUGUGAGUUUUUAUCACUCUUAUUUUCACUUCCAGAGAUGGUCAACUCUUUGUCUUCUCAUCAAUGACAAGAUGCUCCACACCAACACUUCCACUUUCCACCCAGACACCUUUUUCCUUGUAGGCAUCCCAGGACUUGAGGAUGUCCAUGUCUGGAUCUCCCUGCCUUUUUGCUUCAUUUACUUAAUGGCUCUGCUGGGCAAUGCUACCAUUUUGCUGAUUAUCUGGUCUGACCACACUCUGCGGGAUCCCAUGUUCUACUUUCUAGUCAUCUUAUCAGCCAUAGAUCUGGCCCUCUCCACAUCUGCAGUGCCCCGGAUGCUGGGGAUAUUCUGGUUUGAUGCACAUGAGAUUAGUUUCUCAGCCUGUGUGGCUCAGAUGUUCCUGAUACACACCUUUACAGGAAUGGAGUCUGCAGUUCUGCUGGCGAUGGCUUUUGACCGCUACGUGGCUAUCUGUGCACCACUCCACUACACAACCAUCCUGACGCCACGAGUACUAGCAGGCAUUGGUAUUGGUAUUAUAAUGCGCCCAAUUCUACUCAUGUUUCCCAUUCUUUACUUAACCCAUCAUCUGCCCUUCUGUGGGGCUCGAAUUAUUGCCCACUCCUACUGUGAGCACAUGGGAAUCGUCAAGUUGGCCUGUGCCAGCAUUAGGAUUAAUGCCAUUUAUGGACUUUUUGUGGCUUCUUUUCUCAUUUUGGAUGUGGCACUGGUUGGAAUUUCUUAUGCCUACAUCCUCCAUGCAGUUUUCCGCCUCCCAUCUCGAGAUGCUCGCCACAAAGCCCUGAAUACGUGCGGGUCCCAUGUAGGGGUCAUGUGUGUUUUUUAUAUACCUUCCCUAUUCUCCUUCCUCACCCACCGUUUUGGCCAAAAAAUUCCACCUUACGUUCACAUCCUUGUUGCGAAUCUCUAUGUGGUCAUUCCACCUGCCCUCAAUCCUAUUAUCUAUGGUGUGAAGACAAAGCAGAUUUGUGCACAUGUGAGUCAUGCUUUCAGCUCAAAAUAG